CAAGUUUUUUGCUUUCUCAUUCGAAUUUUGCUUCUUUUUUUCUGGAUCCAAUUUCAGGCAACCACACAGCAUAUGCAGAUGCAUGAGGCCUUCUGCUGAAUCUGUGGGAGGAGACAUCAAUAACGGACCAGUAGUAAAUUCACAGUGGAUUUUUGAUACACCAGUCCAUUCUGAUACGGAGGUCAAGCUGCGGCAGCUCUUACUUGAGCUGGGGAAUGAGAAUAAAAUCCUUGGGGUCCAGGUAUGUGCCUACAAAGAUGGAGAGGUCAUAAUUGAUACGGCCGCUGGGGCGCUUGGCGGAGAUGAUCCUCGUCCAGUUCAGCCGGACAGCUUGUUUUCUGUUUUCUCGGUGACGAAGGGUAUCACAGCAGGAAUGCUGCAUUGGCUGGUUGAUAACGGAAAACUCAAGCUCGAUGAAAAUGUCGCUAAUAUUUGGCCAGAGUUUGGGACAAAUGGAAAAGAUCGUAUAAAGGUCCAUCAUGUGCUUAAUCAUACAUCUGGCCUGCACAAUGCCUUGGCAGACCUUAGACAGGAAAAUCCUUUGCUAAUGUGUGACUGGGAUGAAUGUUUGAAACGGAUUGCUAUGUCGGCACCUGAAACUGAGCCUGGUCAGAAGCAAUUAUAUCACUAUAUUUCUUUUGGUUGGCUCUGUGGCGGAAUAAUUGAGCGUGCAUCGGGAAAGAAAUUUCAGGAAAUCCUUGAAGAAGCAUUUAUUCAUCCCCUCAAAAUUGAAGGCGAGCUCUAUGUUGGAAUUCCUCCAGGUGUCAAGUCUCGACUUGCAGAGCUGACUCUAGAUACAAGUGAUCUCAGAGAAAUCUCAGCCGUCAGUAGUCGUGUUGACUUGCCUUCUACCUUCCAGCCAAGCAACAUGGCCAAAUUGGCAGCUACCAUGCCAGCUUUAUUUAACAUGCUUGACAUUCGCCGUGCCAUAAUUCCUGCUGCAAAUGGUCAUUGCUCGGCCCGUGCUCUAGCUCGCUACUAUGCAACCCUUGCUACUGGAGGUGUUAUCCCACCACCGCAUUCCUCUUCAUCCAGGCCGCCACUUGGAAGCCAUCCCCAUAUUCCUGACUUUCCUAGGGGCAAUAAUUCUAGUGAAUGUGACAACAUCACUAGUAACGGUAUUCCUCAAAAUAAGGACGUCAGCAAGAUUUUUAGUGACCUUAAAGUCCAUGAUACAUUCAUGGGUGUGGGAGAGUAUAGGAAUCUGGUGCUGCCCAAUGGGAAAUUUGGACUUGGCUUUAGAAGGUUUAGUUCCAACGAUGGAUCCUUUACGUGCUUUGGGCACUCUGGCUCGGGUGGAUCCACCGGUUUUUGUGAUAUAAGAAACAGGUUUGCUAUUGCAGUUACACUAAACAAAAUGUCAUUUGGAGAUGUGACUCGAAAGAUUGUCCAGCUCGUAUGUUCAGAGCUAAAUAUUCCAUCGCCAGAUGAGUUCUCAGGACCCAACUGAGAAGUCAAAUUCGGGGAAACCUCUAAUUAACUGAGGAUGAUAGACAUUUUCUGAUUCAGGUGUUGUGUGUAAAAUAAUUCAGACUUGGUGAUGCCGGAUGCUCAUGUCAUGUCUCACCUUAUCCUCUAGUGGAAAUGCUGUAAAUCAAAUUAUGUAAUGUUAUACAUUAUCACUUCUUUCA